GAACCUCCAUGAGUAUAAAUUAAUAUUUUCCUUUUGACUUUUGUGGAGGUAAAAAGUCAACAUCUUUCCCCUUUUUAUUUUCAUCAAAAUUUUGUCCCUCUAGCUUUCCCGAUCAAUUUCAUCGAUAAUGUCGCCCCCUUUUUCUGGUUCAAUUUCUUCUUCUUCUUCUUCUCCGAUUCUACCGCCGCCGUUAAACCCUGAAUCUAACAUCGUCGCCAUUAAUGUCGGUGGCCACCUCUUUCAAACCACCAAGCAAACCCUAGCCCUAGCCGGUUCCAAAUCUCUGUUAUCAACGAUCUCCGAUUCAUCGCAAUCCCUCGUCCCGUUUAUCGAUCGAGAUCCCGAUCUCUUUUCCCUCAUCCUUUCCCUUCUCAGAACAGGUUAUCUUCCCUCCAAAGCCAAGGCGUUUGAUCUCCAGGACCUAAUUUCAGAAUCCCAGUUCUAUGGAAUUGAAUCCCUUUUGAUCAAUUCUCUCUCUAAUCCUUCUCAAUUCGAAGCUUUCAAUCUCGAGAAAUCCCUGAUUUUGCCUCUCAAUGGCCGAGAUCCUCCCUCGACGAUUGCCGCGACGCCGUUUGGAUCACUCCACGUCGCUCACGGAGGCAAGAUCACCUCCUUCGAUUGGUCGCUUCAGAGGAAGACAACAAUUCUGACGCAUUUCUCCGCCAUUGAUUCUCUUUUAGCCUUGUCGCCAUCACUAGCCGCUGCCGGCGCUACCGACUUCUCCGGCCUGCAAAUCCUCAAUCUCGAAACCAGCCGCGUGGAAACAAUUCUCGAUUGGGAGAAUGUGACCCGAUCCUGUUCCACCGUGCAAGCCAUUGGAGCCUCCUCUCAACUUCUCUUCACCAGCUUCGAAUCAGGUCGAAGAAACUCAAAUUCCAUAAUGAUAUACGAUUUACAAACCUUCAAUCCAGUUACUGAAAUCGGUCGCAAUGAGAUCUACGGCGCCGAGAUCGAUUCUGCGAUUCCAGCCACAAUGUUGAACUGGGUUUCAGGUUAUAAUCUGUUAAUGGCUUCUGGGUCUCACAGUGGGCCUUCUGGAGUACAGGGGAACAUCAAAUUCUGGGACAUAAGGACUGGGAACGUAGCUUGGGAGUUGAAGGAGAAGGUGGAUUGUUUCUCAGACAUGACUGUAUCUGAGAAUCUGUCUGCCAUUUUCAAGAUUGGUGUGAACUCUGGUGAAGUUUACAGUGCAGAUUUGAGGAAGCUUGGAGAUGAGAAUCCAUGGAUUUGUCUUGGGGACAGGAUGAAGGUGGUGAAUGGGAAGAAAGCUGGAAUUGGGGGGAAGAUUGAGAGUUAUGGAAAUCAAGUGUUUUGCAGCAGAGAAGGAGGAAGUAUAGAGUUAUGGUCAGAAGUAACAGUUGGAAAUGGAGGAAGUAAAGGAGGAUUAGGGUUAGGGUUAGAGGAGAGAGUUUUUAGGAAGAACUUGAUGGGGAGAGUGAAGGAUUUGGGAGGUGGGAAAGUAACAAAAUUAGCAUUUGGUGGUAAUAAGAUGUUUGUAACAAGAAAAGAUCAGCAAUCAGUGGAGGUUUGGCAGAGUUCAGGUAAGGGAUUUUGAAGCUUUUUUUCUCUUUUUGGUGGUUGGUUUUAGUUUGAAUACUUUGUAAAUGUUGAUAUAAAUUAUCAAAAGUUCAAAAGUGGGUUCUUUUUUGUAGUUUGUAUAGAUGAAUUAUUGUAAUGAGAGUGUGUUUUGAGGCAUCCAUUGUAGUAUUGAUGAGCUUAUAAAAGCAUUUUGAUA